AUGGCCGUCGCUGGAGAAAAGCUACCCGUACCCGGUUCAGAGUAUAGUAAAUCAGGAGGGAUAAUUGAUUCAGGAACGAGCUUCACGUCACUGCCACCAUCUGUGUAUGCAGCCCUGGAAUCAGCUUUCCGUAAGAAAAUGUCAAAUUAUAAGAUGAUAAAACCAGGGAGCAAUGAUGACUUUGAUACUUGUUAUGAUUUAAGCAAGUACGAUGAAGUUGUAAUACCAAAGAUUUCGAUCUUCUUCAAAGGCGGGGUUGAAUUGGAGCUGGGGGUGAAGGGAAUUGUGGUCGUUCUUAAAAAGGAUUUAAGCCAAGUGUGUUUAGCUUUUAGUAAAAGCUCUGAAUCUGAUGAAACUCUGAUCUUGGGAAAUUUUCAGCUAAGGGGAAUAGAGGUGCACCAUGAUUUUGUCGGUCAGAGGGUUGGGUUUGGUCCUGGUGGUUGCAGCUGA